GUAGAUUUGGCUGUUCUAAAAUUUGAAAAAAUCUCGUUAACAAUCUGGUGUUUCAGAAACGAGUUCGUGUUCAAAUUGUUGUCUGUCGCGGGUUAUUUUCUAGUGGAGGACACUCACAAACAAAGGAGCCACUGAUGCGAUAGUUCAUUUCAUUUUGUAACGGGACGUACGGCUAACGCAUGCUCGAUGCACACUUAAACUACACUAGCCGAAUGAUGGUUUUGUAGCGGCGUCAAGUAAGGAGAUAUAAUUCGAAGUGUUGUGUCGAAUAUUCUAUGUGAAUCGGGUUUAUUUUGCAGUGAGUGUUUCGGUGCUUCGCGGUAUUUUUUUAAAAUUAUGAUUUUACGCGUGAAGUGUUCUUAACUGAAAACCAGUGCACUAAUGCCUAUGAACCGCCGCAUUUAUCAUGUAGGAUCAGAGUGUGUAAAUAAAAUUCCAUAAUCAAAUAAUACUGCAUGUAGGUUACACUCCAAUCAAAUACAUUUAUUCCUUAUUUUUAAAAUGUAUGCUAAAGGAAAAGGAUCAUCAGUGCCGUCCGAUGCACAAGCCCGAGAAAAGUUGGCUUUAUACGUUUAUGAAUAUUUGCUACACGUCGGAGCACAAAAAGCUGCCCAGACAUUUCUUUCCGAGAUCCGAUGGGAAAAGAACAUAACAUUAGGCGAACCUCCAGGAUUUUUACAUUCUUGGUGGUGUGUGUUUUGGGAUUUAUAUUGUGCAGCCCCUGAAAGAAGGGACACUUGCGAACAUUCUUCCGAAGCAAAAGCUUUCCACGAUUACGGCUUUGUAAAUUCUGGAUAUGGAGUCAAUGGAAUCGCUCACAAUACUGGUCCAGCGCCUAGUCCGUUGGCACAGAUGCCAGCCGAUGGAAUGCCCGGAGGUCCAAUACCACCGGGAUUUUUUCCUAAUUCAACGUUGCGACCCUCACCCCCCACUCACCCGUCAAGUCAGCCGUCACCCCAUUCACAACCCCCACCCCCACACUCAAACAUUAUGACAUCACAGCCCUUCAUGAACCCAAGGUAUCCUGCAGGACCACGACCUGGUGUAAGAAUGCCCCAAAUGGGAAGCGAUUUCAAUGGACCCCCUGGACAACCCUUGAUGCCGAAUAAUAUGGACCCCACUAGACAAGGUGAUGGCGGAGAUUUUGUAGGUUGGCAAGGGGGUCCUCCGGCUAUAAACAGAAUGAACCCUCCUCGAGGGCCCUCGAUGGGGCCCCUAGGGCCCGGAUCGUACGGUCCUGGUCUUAGGGGGCCCCCGCCCAACAGUAGUCUAGGACCUGGAGGACCAAUGCCUCCAAUGACUAUGGGAGGACCUGGAGGACGACCGCAAUGGCAACCUAAUACGUCGACACCAAUGAACUAUUCAUCAUCAUCACCGGGCAACUACGGAGGACCUCCUGGAUCAGCAGGACCCGCUGGUCCAGGAACGCCGAUUAUGCCCAGCCCACAGGAUUCCAGUAAUUCAGGAGGCGAAAACAUGUACACAUUAAUGAAACCAGCAGUGGGCGGCAAUAUGCCAGGCGACUUCCAGAUGGGCGGCGGGCCCGACUCGGGAGGCCCCAUGGGUCCGAUGGGACCCAAUUCGAUGGGGCCAGUAAUGAAUGGUGAUGGGAUGGAUGGAAUGAAAAAUUCGCCUGCUAACGGUGGCCCCGGAACGCCGAGGGAGGAUAGCGGAAGCGGAAUGGGAGAUUAUAAUUUAGGGGGCUUUGGAGGACCUGGAGAAAAUGACCAAACGGAAUCGGCUGCUAUUUUGAAAAUAAAAGAGAGCAUGCAAGAAGAGGCCAAGAGGUUUGAGAAAGACUCGGAUCACCCUGAGUAUUUCAUGCAAUAACUCACCUCGGCUGGCCCUCAAUAGGCUGGUGGACUAUGCCUCUUCCCUUGACCUAACCUACUAACACGGGCGGUGGUGUGUUCAGCAAAAGUCGCCAACUCUUCGGGCUGCGCCACUAGUCAUCACUCUUCUAUUUGUUUCCAGAUAUUCCUGUGAUUCCAGAACAGGGACCACAGGACACAUCGCACAUGUCAAGUUCCUUCAUCCUGAUUUAUUACACUCACAUUUUGUCCACCAGCCUAGGCGGGCUGGACCACCCACUGAUGUACGUUGCAAUCACGGCCACCCAGUCAGUUGAGUCUCGUAACAGUUCUUACUACAUCAUUCUAGAACAUAUAGAGAUGUUGAAUUCUAUUUUAACCUUCUUGGGAUAUCUUUUCUUCUUUCGUUUUGUUUAUUUUUAAUUCGAUUCAAUUGUUCUAUGUUCAGUUUCCCAAAACCUGUUCAUUUUAUGGCAGAAGUACAAAAUUCCUGCCAGAAUCAAAUUUUUUAAAUCUUAUCUAAAUAAAAAAAAAAAAAAAAAAUGCUUUUGUUCCUUAUUGAUUGGUGUGCUAAUCUUCACUAAUAAGUUUUAAGAUAAUACGUACAUGCCUGGCUGUAGGUGGGUUAAAAACAACAAUGAAAAACUUUUAUUCAAGAAAAAUUAAAAAUUGUUUUUUUCACAGGUAAUAAAAUGAUUUGUGAAAAAAAGUCAGCACUUCAUUGGCGAAAUCUCCCCAGCAGAUCCUAUAAUUUUUUUGUAAUUUAGUUACGAAAUGUCAUCUUUUUGACAUUGAUUUUAGUUGUCAAAAGUGGUUCAUUUUAACACAAAUGCCAAAAUGAGCAGUGUGUUCUAAUACAGUGUUAAAAUGAGAUCUCAUUUCAUCACUGAGUGUUGAAAUGGGAUUAAGAGUGCGUUCCCUGUUUUUGCACACAAUGUGAUGGACCACUCGCUUCGCUCGUGCUCCAAUCUUCACAUUUAGUGCAUGAAUAGCUAUUUUGCCAGGUCAAUAGCUUUUGACUCUAGAAUUUAUUCAGUUUUAAUCCCACUGGUGCCAAAAAAAAAUCAUUAUGUAUUUGAACUUUUAAUAAUUUACAUUUUGUAAAAUUAUGAAAGUACCUUUAACUUUUGUAGUAAACAAUCAAUAAGAAAUUUGCAGUUCUUGAAUGGUUUUCGCAUAAUAUUAGGUUGGAGCAACUGCCCAAAGGUAAUCUAAAAAUACUCUUAUGCAACUCGGGACUUGAAGUUCCGGUUUCCAAGUGACUAAAAUCUAAAAAACGGAAUAAAUAUUGAAAAAUAAGUAUAAAAAGAGCAAACAAAUAAGAAACCAAGAAAAGAUUUUCCACAAUUCUACUUUUAUCUACUAAGUCAAAAUGUAUGUAUAACUGGCUAUAAUUUAUGUUUUUUGUUUAAUCUGUAUAUAUUGCAAACCGUAAAAUAUAUGUAUAUUUUGGUUGUCUAAUAAAAAUCCGACAUUAGUAGAUUGUUAAGUGAUUUAUUGGCAUUUUUUUUACAAUUGUAAUAGCAUAAGAACAGAAUUUUAUUAGAAUUAAACUGUCUAAUAGAUAUCUGUUAUAAAUGUGAUACAGAAAUACACUGAUUGAUGUUAAGUAUAGUAGAAGUUCGAAAAUAAAAUGCGAUAGAUUUUUGGCUAAUUUUUCAGUGAAAGAAGAUGAAAAUAAAAUCAAAAACAAAUUCCCUGUAUUGUGAAAUAUAUAUUCUCCAAAAAAUACUUAUUUGCCAUCAACUUUCACUUGGUAAUAAUUAGCCUUUCUUUAUCGAUUCUACCAAUACAUAGAUCAUCACAUCAGCCAUUACUAUAAAUUAUUUUAUUACAUUAUCAUAACAUAAUGUAAACAUUUUUAGGGUUUUUUGCUCAUGCUCUUGAGACAUUUAAUUCUUAUCAAAUUUUGUAUAUUUCGAAUUCGCAUUGUUUUAUUACCUACAUUGCAUCACAUUUAUUAUUUUACCUGUGCUAAAAUAUUUUUUAGCUUUAAAAUAAUGAUUUAGUUACACUUUUUCAUGUAAUAACUGUUCGCCCUAUAAAAGUUUUUUAAUGUUAAUUUAAAAAUUUUAGUUACUUUGAUUAGUCCAAUUAUCCAAAAAGUCUUUAUUUAAAAAUUAAAACAGGAAUAUUUUUACUCUCAAAAAAGUAGCGUAAAACUUGUACACCACAUUGUAAGUAAAUUAUGAAAUAGAAUAAAACAGUGAAAUAUGUUCAUUUCCUCCAACUUCCUUAAAGGACUAGGCAUAGUUCACAUAAUUUUUUUUUUCACCGAUAAAUUAUUUGUUGGUUGGUUUAUCAACUGCUUCUAAUUAAUUCUUGUGGAAAUAAAUAAGUGAUAAAAGAUACUAUCUAACUCCCAAAGUAGCUAUUAGAGGUUCCUUCACUAAAUCAACUUGUUUAUUGUAUUGAACAAUGAGGAAUUAUUAUUUAUAUUAGACAAGGACCUUGCCUUAUCCUAAAACAAGAAAAUUGUCAAAUAAUCCUUCAUCUUCAUAUAUCUGACAAAUUUUCACUUGAAUUUUUGUUCUAGUACUGACAAAAAAAUGUAUCAGCUGCCUGCAUGAUAAUAAUUAUUUUCGGUUAGGAUAGCCCAUAAAUAUUUUAAUUUAGAAGUCUCUCCUUUCAAUUUUUGCAAUGGGAUUCAAUUUAUUUCAAUCAAUGUAUAAUAAUACUGGCUUGAUGUUUCAUGAUCUUUGGUUCUUCUGAAAUAAAUAUAUCCCAUACAAAACAUUUUGUACAAUUAAUUUCUUAGAUGAUACAAUAGAAAAUUGUUGUACAUAUUUUUUUUUUAGAUGAAAUAGGUACCUACCAAUGUUUAGAAAUUUGACAUCUCUACAAAAAAAAAAUCUGGAUUUUCAAAUGCUAGAACCUAAUACAAACAAGUUUUCAUUGAACACUUAAUAAUUCUAAUAUUAAGGUAUUUAUGCAGUUCUUUGAAAAUACCAGUGUUACUAUUAUGAUUGUAGUGUCUAUGGCAUGAUUCAACAUUUUUUUUUUUAGCUACAUAUUAUCAUUCUGACAAAUCCAGAUAGUGGGUGUAUACAGAGAUUUGUGAAAUAGUUUGGGAUAAUCUUAUAAAUGUAAUUGUAGAUAAAACUGAUCAAUGAUUUUUUCAUUAUUUGAAAUAAUUAAAAAUCAUUUACGGUACGUACAAGAAAAUGUAUGUAUAUACUUUGUAUAUAUAGUUGUACAAAUUUUUUUAAUAUUUUUGUUUUCUAAUAUUUAUAAUGGCUUAAAUGAAUUUUUCUUUUUGAUAGUGGAAUGUUUGUAUUAUUUUAUUAAUCGAUGUAUUGCAUUGCAAUAAAUAAUUGCAACAUAUUGAGAACUCCAACUGUUUCAACAAUGAUCUGUAUGCUCCUUACUUUUAUAACUCUUGAAUAAUUUCAGUUUACUUAAGUUAAGUAUCGAUCAGUAUUAUAAUUUAGUCUAUAAUUGUUAGAGAUUUUUUAUCACUUUUUCUUAAUCUUGAUUUAAACAUUUAGGCUGGGUAUUAUAAAACUAUUUUGAGAGUGAACUAGAAGUUAACUUCUGGAAUUACUAUGAAAUUCCAGAAGUUAACUUUAAGUUUUAUGUCAAAAUAGUUUUCUAAUAAUACUCGCCCUUAGAGGUUUUAAGCUUAUGACCAGUGAAUUAUUAGCUGCAGAGUGGAUAAAUAAAUAAAAAGCAUCAAGCAAUGUACAAGAAAAGCUCUAAAAUAUUCACAAUAAUUCCAAUAAUUGUAAAUAAAUGCACAUUAUAUUAAAACAUUAUGGUGAAUGGGAUAACGAGAAUACGUGUGGGCAGCUGAAAUAUUUUUUUAUUCAAUUAAUUUGGUCGCAUAUUUUUGAAGUUUGAUUAAAAACUUGACCACUAGACCAGUUAUUGUAUUUCAAUUAGCUCCAUCAAUUCAAUACACAAAAAUUUUAUCUUGCAAAAAUCCCAAAACGCAGUUUAGUUCUAGUACAAUAAGGGCUGGUAUUAUAAAACACUGAACCGAUGAUUGAGUUUCAACCUUCGGUUGAAUCCUAUCAAUUUGCAUGGAGUCAACCGAAGGUUGAAACUCAACGAUCGGUUCAGUGUUUUAUAAUACCGGCCAUAAGUGCUGAAUAUAAUAAGAUAACUACAUUACAUUCUAUAAAUGGGAAAUAUUGGGACAAUUUUACGAAGGCUUUAUUGAAUUUUUAAAAUAAUUACUCAAGAAGCACCAGUGAUUUUAUUAUUAUUUAUUCAACUUAUUCAAAUGCACUCUUUUUUAAGAUUUCAACUGGAAUUAGGAGUGUUAAACAGCACAAAAAUAGAUUUGUCAGAAUUGAUGAGAAAAUUAACUAAUAUAAUUAUGUAAAUACAUGCAAUAGUGAAAAUGAUGUUAAAUAUCAGAGUAAGGCUCUGAGAAAAAAAAAUUAAUUCUAUGACAUUAUACAAGUACAUUAAUGUAUUCUUGAUGUACGUUUCCACCUGAAAUUUUUUAAUUUUAUUGGUAAUUAUUUUAUUAACUUGGACCCUAAGUAGGAUUAAGAUGUUAAUUUAUAAAAUAUUCUCUUAAAUUAUAUACUUAAAUUGAUUUAUUAGGCUACUAGUUAGAUGAUUUGAAUGGGAGCGAAUGCGUGGAACGUCUGAUAAUGUGAUAUGAAAUUAUUGUGAAGAUGUGAAUUUUAUUAUUAAUAUUAUUGUUUUCUUUUUUGUAUGGAUAAUAAAUAUCAAAAGUUUAA